AUGUGCUUCGCAGUAUGGAAAUUGUGCAUUUACUCGCCUUCUCCUUAUGCUCCGACGCCACCAAAGAAAUCGUGAAAUCACUCCACCUGAAAGUCGACUCGAGUGGGUUCAAUUUUGCAAAAGGUUUCAAUUUCAAGAUGAAAUUUGGGAAUAAACGAGUAUGGUUGAAGUUCUACAAUAAAUGCCGAUGCUUUGUGCCAAGUUUUGACAUUCCUCAGUUUGUAAAAAUAUCAAUGCACGGUCACCAUGUGAAUGUGUUCACCCGGAAAACCAUGAGAUCUUGGCUCGAAUUCUUGAUGGAUGUGCUGGCGAUUCAGAGGAUCGAUUUUAGUCUAAAAACUCCCUUGGACUCUGGGAAUUUAGACAUUGAAGGUCUAACAAGGGUUCUGGAGGGGAUUGACGGCUUUUAGCUGCUGAUUUUUCAUCGGCAACCCCAAGAUUUGAUGAUCUGACUUCGAAGCUUUUCUGGGCAAACUUACCAUCUGCGAAUCAAGUUCUAAUUCGAAACUGUCUGUACAAAGACUCACAGGAUUAUCAGAAAGUUUUCAUUCAGAACCUCGACAGACUAGUUCUUAAGCCAACUCUUCUAUUCACCCUGGAAGACCUUCUCUCAUGCGGCAGCUCUUGUAUAAAAAUCCCGAACACUUCACCGUUCACCGAUAAGGAUUUCAACCUGUUCAUGAAGCAUUGGAUACGAGGAUCCAACCCGAACCUUGAGUAUCUCACAAUCAGUGCGACAACUGAUUUGAGAGGUCAUUUAAUGACUUACUGGCAUUUACUGAAAAGGAUUAAUUUUCACGAUGGACCGAAUCCGGGGGCUCUUCGUGGCACCUACCGGAUCAAUGGGCAUAGUGGAAGUUACCACUGGAAACAUGAGAAAAUUGUGGAGUUUAAGGGUGGCGUAGAUGUUAAAAAAUCGGAUGGAACGAUAGCUACGAUAGUUAUAUGGACAGAUGGCCGUGGCAGGGAGCCCUUCACUUUUGAGAUGAGAGUUUGGCGGUAUGAUGAAUUAGUUCAAAGUUGA